AUGGAACCAUCAUUAUCACAAGGAGUAGGCUACGGCCUAAUUGUUGGCGGAGGAGCUUUCUUUGCUAUUGUUAUGAACUAUGUCACCUUUUUACAAAACAAGUUCAGCGUCUUCAACUCUAGGAAAGUUGAUGAGUUUGUAUCUGGAAGUAGAUCAGUUGGAUUUGGUUUGCUACUCAGUGGUAUUCUAUCCAACUGGACUUGGAGUUUGACCUUGUUGGAGUCUGCUGUCAAGAGUUACGAUAUUGGCAUAAGUGGCAGUUAUUGGUACGCAAUUGGUGGAUUGAUGCAAGUCAGCGUAUUUUCAGUUGUGUCGUCAAAGAUCAAAAAGAAUGCAAAUUUGGUAACCACUUUUCCUGAAAUGGGUUAUUUUAGAUUUGGAAAAGCAGGACAUUUGAGUUUCCUAUGGUGUGGGUUUGUGUGUAAUUCCAUUGUUAGUUCGUGCAUCUUAUUGGGAGGUUCAGCUGUUUUCAAUGCUGUGACUGGAAUAAGCCAAUAUGCAGCAUUGUUUUUAAUACCGUUUGGAUGUGCCAUCUAUGUCAGUUUCGGUGGUUUACGAGCUACAUUUAUAUCUGAUGCUACUCAUACAUGUAUCAUAUUGGUAUUUAUUAUAGUAUUCAUGUUUGAGGUUUACUUUGGCAGCGACAAAAUUGGGUCUCCUAAAAAAAUGUGGGAGUUGCUUGAGUCCUUGCCUCCCGUCGAUGAUAACUACCAUGGUUCAUACUUGACAUUUAGAUCCAAGCAAGGUGCCAUCUUUUCCAUAAUUAGUAUUGUCACAGGUUUUGGCCUUGUGGUGAAUGAUCAAGCUUAUUUGUCAAGAGCUGUUGCAGCUGAUCCAAAGAUUACUUCAAGAGCUUAUUUUUUUGCAUCAGUCUGCUGGUUUGUGAUCCCUUUUGCCAUGGGUGCUGGAUUAGGUCUCGCAGGGAGAGCUCUCUCCGUGUACUCCGAUUACCCAACCCUUUCAGAAUUCGAAGUUGGUGAAGGUUUGGCCCCAGUAGCUGCAGCCACGUACUUGAUGGGAAAAUCAGGUUCGGCAAUGAUCUUAGUAAUGAUCUUUUUCUCAGUAACUUCCUCGUUUGCAGGUGAGCUAAUUGGCACCUCGACCUUGAUCAGUUAUGACAUAUACAAGCGAUACGUAAAACCUGAUGCAACACCAGGACAGGUUGUGAGAGCUGCUAAAGUUAGCGUUUUUGGCUGGGCUUUGUUUUCAUCGUGUUUGGCGUCAAUCUUUUAUGGUGCUGCAAAAAUAAGUAUGGGAUGGUUAUUCAACUUUCUUGGAUGCGCUACUGGCGCUGGUGUAUUCCCCAUUGCACUUAGUUUUACUUGGAAAGAUCUCAACAAGAUUGGCGCUGUUGGAGGAGCCGUCGGUGGUAUGUUUUUGGGUAUCAUUGCAUGGUUGGUGACAUGCAAGGCAUACACUGGUGAAGUCAACGUCACAAAUUUGUCAACCCAAUGGGUUUCUUUCACAGGUAAUGUGACAGCAUUGUUUAUGGGCGGGAUUAUUUCUAUUGUGUUGUCGUUAAUAUGGCCAGCAAAUUUUGACUUUGAAGAAACUAGAAACAGAACUAGUUUGGUAAAGAAGAGGCAACAGAACACUGGUGCGGAUGUUGAAGUUGAAAAGGCAUCUGUAUUGAAGCAGUCGCUGGUUGAAAUUAGUCAAUCCUCUGCCGAUGUAUCGAAUGACGAAGAAGAGUCUCUGUCCACGCACGAGUUAGAUAUGAAUUUAGAAGCAGUGAUUGACCACAAACAUUUGGACCACCAAUUCAAAAAGUAUGGUAUAUUAGUUGCCAUACUUGCGUUGGUCAUGGCAAUUAUUAUUCCCGUUCCAUUGGGUGCUUCCACUUAUAUCUUUAGUCCUGAUUUUUUGUUGGGGACGGUCAUCGUCAUUAUAAUUUGGUUGUUUUGUUCAUUCUUUUACGUUGUCGUGUUGCCAGUGGUUGAGGCUAGAAAUAGUAUUUGGCAUAUCUUGAAGAUGUUGGUGGGAAGACGUGACAUUGUGGAGUAA